AUGGUGAAGGUGAUGCUGAGUGUGAGUGGUGUUAGACAUGAGAUUAUGGCGACUGCAUCGAUGGUAAUGGCGGCGAUGGUGAGUGGUGUUGAUGCCUUGCGUCCUGCAUCCCUUGCGUCUUCAUCGAUCAACAAUCGCAUACAAUCGUCGAUCAACAAUCACACGUCGAACUUAGUUGUUAUCGGUUCUCAAAUUCAUUGCGUCUUGCAGCUUCCUUCCGUCUUGCACUUCCUUCCGAUCGCAGCUUCCUUCCGUCUUGCAGCUUCCUUCCGAUCGCAGCACACAACAUGCUUCUUCCCCCCUGUUGUCGCACACUCACAUCAUCGCAUCAGGUUUCCAGUGAACUUCGAACUUUUAAUAUUUUGCUUGAUGCAAAUCUGGGGCGCUUUACUUGGUGGUUAUAGAAUUUACAAGAAUGUGGAACUUGCUUCCAAAAUUGGUCAAAAGAUAGAAGUGGAAAGAUGUUGCAAAUGGGGUAAAUUGGGAAAGAAGUUGUUUAGAAGGUUUGACAUCCGAAGCAUAAACUAUUUGACCAGUUACUAAAGCUAAAGUUGGGUUACAAGCCACAAAAGAAAACGUACUUAAUACCCUCAAAUUCACUACACCAACAUAUUGAUUUUUAGGGGAGUCUUUGCAUUACCUUUACCUGGUAAUGAAGGGUUUCCAACAUAUUGUAUCCAAGAGCAUUCAAUCAAUAUUUUGAUCCACUACUCAUCAAAUGAAGAGAUACAAAAGAAGGGCUAAAUUCAAGAAAUAGCAUCGUACUUUGAGAAAUUCAUAAGAUAUAGCAU